UGCUGUUUACUAAAGUUGAGUUACACUUUCAUAUUUGUCACAAGCUUCCUCACGCUCCCGCCUAUGAACUUCUCAAACAUACUAUAAGUCCAAUGGAUGUCCAGCAGAACCCAGACCACUGUGCUAUAGAGCUCGGGUAUCUAGAUUCCUCAGAAGAGGAUGAGGAAGAAGAUGAAGAGCUCCCACAACAAGAGUUCCUCUGCCACUGCUGCUAUCAGGUCCUGGUGGACCCCACCACCCUCACCUGUGGGCACACCUUCUGCCGCCACUGCCUGGCCCAGUGUUUUCUGACCUCGCUCAAAAAGGAGUGUCCAGAGUGCCGCCAGAUCUGGUGGAGCUUCCCUAAGAUCAACAUUUUAUUCAGAGAUCUGGUGCAGAAGCAUUUUGGGGCUGAUGUGGAGAAAAGGAAGCAAAUCAUCCAGGCUGAUCCGGCCGUCGCCCAAGCUCUGCUGGUGCUAAAGCUCUCAGAGCAGGUUGAACCAGUCACAAUCCGCUGCAUUCGAGCUCCACCGGUGCAGUGGAGACCAUGGCUGGGUACUGGUGGUCUCUUCUCUGGAGUCCUCAUCGCUCUCACCAUCCUCGCUGCGGUGUUUCUGGUGUUUCACUGGAGCGGUGGGGAUUCGAAGGUGGAGCUGCUGGUGAAGAAGCCGCUGGGGGCGUGGUCAACGGAGGAGGUGAACAUGUGGAUGGAGAAUCUGGGGGCGUGGGCUUCUCCAUACAGAGACACCUUCAGCAGGGAACAGGUUAACGGCAGAUUGCUGAAUGUACUUUCAGAGCAGGACUUACUGAAGCCUCCCUACAGUAUAGUAAAUCAGCUCCAUAGACGUGCUCUGCUGAAGGAGGUGCAGAUUGUGCAGGAACUGGGCUUUAAACGUCCUCAGACUCUCUGGGAAUAUAAGGCGUUACACAGAGGGAAAUCUCUCUUUCUACUUCUAUCCAUGAUCAACUCUCCCCGCCUCACCAUCCUCUACAUCUACGCCUUCGAUUACUACGAUUCAUUUCUGCCCCUCAUCCACAUCAGCUGUCCAUCCGUUACCAAGAGCUCAGAUGAUGGGCUCUCCUUCAGGAACCUGCAGGAACCUCCAGACUGGGCACAGUGGGCGGAGUUCCUGGUGAAGCUCUGCCUCCUGCCCUAUCAGCUGCUGGCAGACUUUGCGUGGGAUUGGCUGGACGUUCAUUACUGGACGUCACUCUUCGUCAUCUGGAACGCCUUCCUGCUGACCCUGCGGGAAGCCCGCCUACUGAGGCUCCUGUGGGGCCGCACUGACCUCAGGUCAGUAUUAAAAAUGGCCGGCUGGCACGUGUUGGGCACAGCGUUGGGGUGGUUGAACUGGAUCAUCCUUUGGCCUUUCGUUCCUCAGUUUGUGUGUAACUUGUUCUUUUACUGGGCGCUCUACUUCCUCCCCCUUAACAACACCUUCACACUCAUACAGGUCAUGUGUCCACAUAUACUCCGAGGACCCUAAUACACACACACAAGUACACACACUCUCACAGUGCAGUAGGACUAGAAAAAAUGGUGAAAAGAGUUCAAAUAGUUCCAUUGCUGCUCUGUUUGUAGCUGUGCUGUUUGGCUUGUAAGCGCUGCAUCGUUGCUAGGUUACCUGCAUGUGGCGGAGUAAUACUGUACAUGGAGGGCUUCGGUUACAGUGCAUUACCAACUGAUAAUGUCACUCAUAAAAGGCCUCUCAGCCAAUCACAUUGCAGGGUCUUAACUAACUGUGGUAUAAUAAUCGAUAUAUCUCAAAGCUCUUUAAAAAAGUUGUUUAUUUGGUUGUUUAAAGCAUUAUUUCUUCUGGAAAGCUCUGAAAAGUCUGAAGAAACUGCUGGAAUUGUGUGAAAUUAUGUCGUAUUUUGUUUAAAAGAAAAGUCUAGCAGAUAAUAAUCUCUCACCAAGAGGUACACUACCCAAAAUCAGCUUCUGAGGGCCUUCCUAAAUAUCAAUUUGUCAAAUUUUGUGGAUGUUCUUAGAACAUUAAAUAACAGCAUUUAUUGGUUAAGUCGCUGUAACGUCACUUGUGUCUGUGUUUUAAUUUAAUCGUUUUAGGAAUGUUACUUUUAACGUUUGUAUAAUAUUAAAAUUCACCUAGCUGGAAACGUUAUGUGAGCAGUGCAAGCACGGUUAGCAGCACUUAGCGCUAGUAAAUGCUGCCCGAUAGGCUGCCCGACACAGGGUGCUAUCAGCUUGCAGUUCUUCCCACGUAACUUGUUUUAACAAGGCAAACAAACAGACUACUUUACUUUACAUUAACUGUAAAGAAAAACACUGGGGGUUAUUAGCAUCGAAGGGGGGGGGGGGGCUUGCAGAAUGGUAAAAAAUAAUUAAUGAAUGUGUAAUUUUAGAUGAAAAAUUCUAUCAUCUCCCAUUUAAAUAAAUAGAAAUAGGCAGGGUUAAAAGUUAUACCGGAGCCAGCCACCAGAGAGCGUAAGAGACUUAGAAGCUUCACUUUUUAGCUGUUGUCAUCCUGUCCAUACUUGUAUAGAGUCUAUGCUCUGAACUGCAAAAGAGCUAGCACUGUGGUUAGCGGCUAAUGCUAAUGCUGCUGCACCCAGCCUUAGUGCUGGAGAAACUUUACUAAAAACUCAUCCUUAUAACUCUGUAUUUCAGAGGCUUUACUGCUCCUUAAUACCUGACUGGUAGAUUUCAUUCAUAUAUUC